CCUACAUCACUUGCUUGUUCCUUUACGCCGUUGUUCGUGUGCGAUAGAGCUUCUCCUUGGCUCGCAACAUUGGCUCGAUGUGGUUUCCUUUGCGUAGGCACACAGCCUCAAUUCUCUUCGAUCAGCCCAAAAUGCAUCGACCGGUACAUAUCUACACCAUGAAGUCCUCUACUGAGCAUCUUGUUCAGUCACCCAUCUUCCUCUACCUCUGUUCAUUCGGUAUGCUUGGUGAGACCUCGACAUGAUCAAAGCCUACAGAUACAUAUCACAGAAGAAAGGCCCCAAGGCUUCAGCUUCGGAUCAACCUUGUGCCCAUCGCUCGCAAGGGUAUCAACUCGAGUCCACGCACGAUGAAGACUCCGGGUCUGGCGAAAGGCCCUUGAGUGGCUCGACAAAAGGGCUUUACCCUGUUAUAGAUGGUGAGAAAUGCAGUGUGUGCAAGGAGCAGAAGCAUAAUGCGCGAGUGUACCGGGCUAAGCUCAUCGCUGGUCUCGCUUUGCCGUUCAUUUUAUCCACGUUGGAUUUGACUAUCGUUGCUACCGCGACGUCGUCUAUUGCGUCUCAUUUCAAUCAAUUUGACGAAUUGAACUGGAUUGUCACGGCAUUUAGUCUGACUUCAACCACCUUCAUCCCUAUCUUCGGUCAGCUCGCUGAUGUGUUCGGGCGUCAUCCUGUACUGCAGACGGCGUUAUUCUUCAUGCUCAUUGGGAGUGUCCUGUGUGCUGCUUCACAGACCUGGGGUAUGCUGCUGUUGGGUAGGGCUUUGCAGGGGGUCGGCUCUGCCGGCCUGAGCAAUCUCAUUAUGAUUAUCCUUGCGGAUAAGGUGUCGUUGAAGGAGAAUGCAAGGAAUAAAUCUUUGUUCACUUUGGUUGGAGGAGUGGGAUAUGCCGUGGGGCCGAUUGUCGGAGGGUAUCUUACCGAUACCAAUUGGCGAUACUGCUUCGUUGUGCCUAUACCGAUCGCUGUUCUUAGCCACAUUUUGAUCUUCGUGCUGCUGCGAAACGACCUUGUUGAAGGGACCAUGUUCAGGAAAGGCUCGAGAUGGUCUUCUGUACUCCCGGCCCUUGCCACCGUCGACAUUGGCGGGUCGAUCCUCUUCAUCUUCGGUGUUGGCCUCAUUAUUCUGGCCGCUACAUGGGGUGGUGCCACAUACUCCUGGUCGUCGAGCCAAGUUCUGGGACCAUUGAUCGUCGGAGCAAUCUGCUUCAUUGCGUUCUUUGUGUAUGAGUACCUGCUCGAGCCGGGCAGAAUAUUUGCGCGCAUGUUCCCGAAGCAUGUGGCGACGCUGCCAUACAGUCUGUUUGAACGGAGGGACACAAUCUGGCUUGCCAUAUUGAACUUUUCCACUGGGGCAGCGUCGUACUCCAUCUUCUACUUUAUCAGCAUCUACUACACCUUAGUAGCAGGGUAUUCCACCUCCAAGGCAGGCCUUGACUUGCUAUACUACAUUCCCGGAUUAGGAGGAGGUGUCUACCUCGCAGUAUACAUGUGCAACGCUUUCCCACGACAAACCUUCUUCCCCCUCAACUUCGGAGCAGUCCUCAGCACCGUCGGCCUAGCUAUGGUGGCCUACGCUGUCAGCGCACAGAACACCAGCCUCUUGUGCGGAAUGAUGGUCGUCACCGGUGCGGGCGUCGGCCUCCGUCUGAUGCCAGCAUCGCUUCAUACCGUGGGCGUCUGGCCAGAGAGGAUCGCAUCAGCACUGUCCUUGAUGCAGGUUGCGCUUCCUUUCGGGGGCACUCUCGGCCUGACCAUCAUGACCAGCGUGUUCAACAACAAGUUCGGCAACUCCGCUGUGAUGAAGGGUCUGGACGGUGCAGAUAGCACCUUGAAUGUACACGACACCAACUCGCUAUCUUUUCUCGACGAUCUACCUGCGACGGUGCAAGAAAGCGUCCGGAUUGCCGGGAAAGAUGCCAUCAUGUGGGCGUUCAUCUCGAUCCUGCCCAUUAUUGGAGUGAGUCUUGUCACAUCAAUGAUCAUGGGGAACGUGUGGGUGAAUGUCAAGGCGAAGAGCAACAGUGAAGACCCGGUCGAGGCAGAAGAGGGACGCAGCGAAGUCAUCUACGUCCCUUAUCUGUGGGCUCUCGCAAAGGGAACCAUAACUACCCACAAACGCAUCAACAAGCCCAUCUCCAGCAACACAUAGCACCUCCACCUCCACCUCCACCUCCCCUCUCUUAUCUCCCCCCAGCACAAUACCCAGUAUAGAAUAGCAUAGAACAUCACACGAUAGAAUAAUCCAGCAU